AUGGUGCAGUCCAUGCUGGCUCCCCCCGAAAUGACGGACAUGGAGGGAGUGGUGAGUGUGUCCCGUCACCGUCCUCUCUCUCUCUCACACACACACACACACACACACACUGACACAUAUACGCAUACUAUAGAAGAAAUUGCACCAAUAUGAAAAUCUGGGCCGUUAAUUAUAGCAGAGAUAUUUUUACCUGAACACAUCUGCUGAUAUGACUAAUAUAUCGUGCACACCUGACAAUUAUCUGCCAAUACCAAGAUGACUGAUAUAUCGUGCAUACCUGACAAUUAUCUGCCAAUACCAAGAUGACUGAUAUCCCCACGUCUCAAGUUGACCACCAUCAUUCCUGUUCCCAAGAACUCUAAGGCUUCAUGCCACCAUGACUACCACCCUGCAGCACUCACAUCUUUAAUCAAAGUGCUUUGAAAGGUGCACAUCACCUCCAUCAUCCCAGACACCCUAGACCCACUCCAAUUUGCAUACCGCCCCAACAGAUCUACAGACGAUACAAUCUACAGACGAUGCAAUCUCAAUUCCACUCCACACUGCCCUCUCCCGCCUGGACAAGAGGAAUACCUAUGUGAGAAUGCUGUUCCUCGACUGCAGCUCAGCGUUCAACACCAUUGUGCCUUCCAAGCUCGUCACCAAGCUCGGGACCCUGGGACUGAACACCUCCCUCUGCAACUGGAUCCUGGACUUCCUGACAUGCUGGCCCCAGGUGGUGAGGGUAGGCAACAACACAUCCGUCAAGCUGACCCUCAACACGGUGGGCCCCCAGGGGUGUGUGCUUAGCCCCCUCCUGUAUUCCCUGUUUACCCACGACUGUGUGGCCACGCACAACUCCCAACUCCAUCAUGAAGUCUGCUGACCACACAACGGUGGUAGACCUGAUCACCAACAACGAUGAGACAGCCUACAGGGAGGAGGUCAGAGACCUGGCAGCGUGGUGCCAUGACAACAACCUCUCCCUCAACGUCAGCAAGACAAAGGCACAGACGUCAAUUCAAUGUCUAUUCCACGUUGGUUCAACGUAUUUUCAUUGAAAUGACGUGGUAAAAACGUUGAUUCAACCAGUGUGUGCCCAGUGGGGAGAUGAUUGUAGACUUCAGGAAACAGGAGUUGGUGCACACCCCAUCCACAUCAACUGGAGAGAGCUUCAAGUUCCUCUGUGUCUACAUCACUGAUGACUUAUCAUGGUCCUCUCACACCAGUACAGUCGUAAAGAAGGCACAGCAGUGCCUUUCUCCCUCAGGAGGCUGAAAUGAUUUGGCAUGACCCAUCAGAUCCUUAGGAACUUUUACAGCUGCACCAUCGAGAACAUCCUGACUGGUUGUAUCACUGUCUGUUAUGGCAACUGCACCGCCCUCGACCGGAAGUCCCUAAUAGAGGGUGGUGCGGUACGGCCCAGCGCAUCACUGGGGGUGAGCUCCCAGCCAUCCAGGACAUACAUGCGGGCGGUAUAUGAGAAAGGUACGAAAAAUGUCCAAAUACUCCAGCCACCCCAGACAUGGACUGUUCUCCAUGCUCCCAUCCGGCAGGUGGUACUGGUACAUCAAGGCUCAGACAAACAGACACCAAAACAGACUCCUAAACAGCUUCUAUCCCCUGGCCAUAAGAGUGUUAAAUGGCUAACAACUACUACUCCCUCUCCCACAGACUUACCCACAGACUCUCCCACAGACUCUCCCACAGACUCUCCCACAUACUAUCCACACUGACUCAAUGCCCAUCCACAGGUCUCUACCCACUCAGACACACAACCUACACUGCUGCUAAAAUGAUUAUUGAUUAGAUGUAUUACUCUAUUACUCUGCUGUCCAUUGAUUACUGACUGCCGUUACCAUUAGUAUUUAUCUAUUUAUCCUGCUACUGGUCACUAGUACUCCUGUUUACAUGUAUAUAUUACCAUUAGUAUAUUACCAUAAGUAUUUAUAUAUUCCUGCUGCUAGUCACUUUUCAGCCCUGUUUACAUGUAUAUCCUACUACCAGUCACUUUUUACCAUUUCAGUUCCAGUCAAUUCAGGAAAUAAACCAAAUUACAAAUUGGAGUUUGAAUUUCAGUGUACUUCCUGAAUUGACUGGAAUCUCAAUGGAAUUGACCCCGACCCUGCUCGUGAGCCACUCUCACUGUCGUGCAGCAUGCGAGGAUCUGGUAACACUUCACAACUAAAUAUUUGCCAGCUAGAUAUCUUAUAACUAUUAAGUUAACUGUCUAAAUUGCAGUUGUGCAUUUGGUUUGCUAACUUAGUAGCUAGUUAUCUAAGUGGUAAGCUUCUUGCAAAAUCAAGCUUUUCUUGGUAACAGCGUGCAGCAAACUGCGUGCAGCAAACUGAAUAGCAUUUUUCUGUUACUUGUUUAACUUUGAGCUGGGAUGUCUGUCCCAUAUAAAAUGUUUGCAUGUGCUCAUUAGCAUUUAGCUAACAAUCCCCAGUGUAAUUGUUCAUGUAUUUGUUAGCAUUGCUAACCUUCGGAUUACAGAGGGGGAGGGGGGAGGGGGGACAAUGGGAAACAAAUCUCACUACCGGUAAACCAAUUCUUGGCUGUGGUCUUUCUCUCUCUUCUCUCUUCUCUCUCUCUCUCUCUCUCUCUCUCCUCUCUCCUCUCUCCUCUCUCCUCUCUCAUCUCUCAUCUCUCAUCUCUCCUCUCUCUCUCUCUGCAGUGGAAGGAGGCAAAGCCAGAGGAGCUGAUGGACUCCAAGCUGAGGUGUGUCUUUGAGCUGCCGGCGGGGAAUGAGAAAACGGUGUGUUGAUUAGUCUCUCUCUUGCAAUGUUUAUACAGUGGUGUCCGAAAUGAUUGACAGCCUUGAUAAAGAUUAGCAAAAAUUAGUGUAAAAUAAAUAAUUCAUUUAUAUUGUACCCUCAAAUAAAUGGGGAAUUUAAUAAUAUUUUAUACUAAUACAAUCUCUCAGAGAAAGAGAGAAAAAUAUUACUUUUUAUUAUAUAAAGAUAUUAUUUUCUCUCAAAAAGGUAGGGGUCAAAAUUAUUGACACCCCUGUUUUCAAUACCUUUCAAUACCUCAACCUUUGCGAGGAUAACAGCACUGAGCCUUUCUCUAAAAUGUUUUAUGAGUUGGAGAACACAUUGGGAGGGAUCUUAGACCAUUCCCCUUCCGGAUCCUUGAUAUCCUCCGUCUGUGCUUAAGGACUGCCCUCUCUAAUUCAUAACCACAGGGGGGGGUUUUGUGACAAACGUUUUAUUUAGUUUUCAGAAGGGGGGUUAUAGGUACAGGUAUAAAAUUCGAAGUCAUAAGCAUUCAGAUAUAUUCAUAAUUCAGCCACAAAAACGAAACACUCAGAGAAAUGCAUACAAAGAUAACCCCGACCCAUUCCCCCCCUCAGUCCCCAUCCAUCCGCCUGCAUCCUCACUCCCCGACCCGAAGAAAGCAUCCCAUCCCACCCAGUAACCAAGGUUGCUUGUCAGUCCCCCUCCCACCCAUCCAUCUCCUGAGUCUCCCCUUACAUUCCCCCCAAUCCCCCCGCCCUCCCACCACAACGUCCAGAGAUAACUUAUAAUAGUAACUGUAUCCACUAGUUAAAUGGGAGAGAGUUAGGUGGUUGCCAUCUUAGAACCAACAUUUUGCCAGCAGUAAUUUUGAAAUGAAUUUUGUAACUUUGUCCCAGAAUCAUUUAACUGCAGGGCACUCCCACAUCAUAUGAAGGAAUAUGCCUACCUGAUUUAGGGGACAUAGUGAACAGUCGGGAGUUGGGGCUAAUUUCAUUGUAAAACGUUUCCUUGGUGUUAAAUACAGUCUGUGAACAAACUGAAAAUGUAUAAGUUGAUGGUUCGGAUUACGGGAUGCCAAGGUCAUAUUUUUCCAUGGUCUGUUCCAGUUAAAGGAUUAUUCAGAUUCAAUUAGAUCUGUGUACCAUACUUUCCUUCUAGCUAAUCCUCUGUAGCUCAGCUGGUAGAGCACAGCGCUUGUAACGCCAAGGUAGUCGGUUCGAUCCCCGGGACCACCCAUACACAGAAAUAAUAAUAAAAUGUAUGCACGCAUGACUGUAAGUCGCUUUGGAUAAAAGCGUCUGCUAAAUGGCAUAUUAUUAUUAUUAUUAUUAGCUAUGUCAGAGAGAAUAAGAUCUUUCCAAAAGUUGUUUAUAUAUUAUAGAGAUCAGUCUUUUUGGGAGCCCAGAUAAUUUAUAAAAAAAUCUCAUCAUUGGAUGGUUCAGUAGUUGGGUUUCCCAAGGGACUGUGCCACUAGAGAUCCUGGUUCGAAUCCAGGCUCUGUCGCAGCCGGCCGCGACCGGGAGACUCAGGGGCGGCGCACAAUUGGCCCAGCGUCGUCCAGGGUAGGGGAGGGAAUGGCCGGCAGGGAUGUAGCUCAGUUGAUAGAGCAUGGCGUUAGCCCCAGCCAUAGCCCCAGCCAUAGCCCCAGCCAUAGCCCCAACCAUAGCCCCAACCAUAGCCCCAGCCCCAGCCAUAGCCCCAACCCCAGCCAUAGCCCCAACCAUAGCCCCAACCAUAGCCCCAGCCAUAGCCCCAGCCCCAGCCAUAGCCCCAGCCAUAGCCCCAGCCAUAGCCCCAGCCAUAGCCCCAGCCCCAGCCAUAGCCCCAACCAUAGCCCCAGCCAUAGCCCCAACCAUAACCAUAGUUCCCUGAGCCACGCUCUCACUUUUCACACCAAGUUUAUUAUUGUUGUGAUUACUCUGCAAACCACACACAGCUGGUAGAAGAUCACUUCCCCCUGGGAUGAGCAGAAAAUAUGAGCCCCAUAAACAAAGCCACGGGGAAAAUGGGCCGUUGUUGUUUUUGUGGAUUAUGAACAGCGAGAUACAUGCCUGGGGGCAGCAGCAUCGUCGUGCCACAUUGUUUGGAAUGAAAAUGAAAAGCAGCUUUUGCAUCUCUUUUUGGAAGCUUUGGGGUGUGUGUGUGUGUGUGUGUGUGUGCGUGCGUGCGUGCGUGCGUGCGUGCGUGCGUGCGUGCGUGCGUGCGUGCGUGCGUGCGUGCGUGCGAGAGAGAGAGCGCUCUCAUGUACAUGUGUACUCGCCUGCCUCUCUCUCUCUCUCUCUUUGUGUACGACAUGACUGUAAUCACUACCAGCCAGGCUUGCAGCAGAAAAAGUUACCAACAUUCACUUUCUCCAUAUUGAUUCCCUAUUUUGACAUUACAUUUGAGGUAUAUUUCUGCAUAUGUACCAAGAUGUUGAAAUAAACCUAAACCCUCCCUCUUCCCACCCUUCACCCCACAGCACCAGGACCUGGAUGCCAACAAGAUGACGUCGUCCAACCUGCUCAAGUCAGAGUCCUCCACACUGUCCAUGAAAUCCAUGAGCUCCACCCUGGAUGACGGCGAGGUAAAGAAGAUCAUGGAGGAGUGUAAGAGGCUGCAGAUGGAGGCACAGCGGCUACGGGAAGAGAACAAACAGAUCAGGGUAAGAACCAAGGAGCACUUUAAGGGGACAUCUGGGAUUCAAUCAAUGACUUUAUACACUGAGUGUACAAAACAUUAAGAACACCUGCUCUUUACAUGGCAUAGUCUGACCAGGUGAAUCCAGGUGAAAGCUAUGAACCCUUAUUCAUGUCACUUGUUAAAUCCACUUCAAUCAGUGUAGAUGAAGGGGAGGAGACAGGUUAAAGAAGGAUUUUUAAGCCUUGAGACAACUGAGACAUGGAUUGAGUAUGUGUGGUCCACCACCCUAACGACAUCCAGCCAACUUGACACAACUGUGGGAAACAUUGGAGUCAACAUGGGCCAGCAUCCCUUUGGAAUGCUUUCGACACCUUGUAGGGUCCAUGCACUGACGAUUUGAGGCUGUUCUGAGGGCAAAAGGGGGUGCAACUCAAUAUUAGGAAGGUGUUCCUAAUCUUUUGUACACUCAGUGUAUAUCAUUCAUUUUAAAGGACUCAAUCAAUGGCUAUAUCUCAUUAAUUUAAAAGUAAAACAAAUGGAAGUAGCAGCCCCAGAUGGCCCCUUUUAAAGGGGAAAGGCAAUGAGUCAGACUCAGGAGCAGCACAGCCCGUCACCUCCCCUUUAAGUAAUGCCAGAGGCGGAAUGGCUCUUGGCCGCUCCAGUCCGGGGGUCCAGAUUGCACUAACAGAGCCCCCCACCCACUGUUGGGAAGUUAAGUGUGUUAAAAGAUGGUGCCUGGCGGAGUCUCAAGGGGAUUCGGUGGAGAUUUAGACAUCCCCUUUGAAUGAAUGAGUGAAUGAAUGACAUUACCUAUCUUUGACUGAGGGUUGUGGAUAAUACUGAUGGUCAUUUCCCCCCCUCUUUCUCUCUAUUUCAAUUUUUAUUCGCUUUAUUUCUCCAUAUCUAUCCCUCUCUCCCCCCUCUAUCCCAAUAUCUCUCUCUCUCGCUUGCUCUCUCUCUCUUGCUCUCUCUAUUUCUCCAUAUCUAUCCCUCUCCCCCCUCUAUCCCUCUAUCUCUCUCUCUCGCUUGCUCUCUCUCUCUCUCUCUCUCUCUCUCUCUCGCUCACUCUAUUUCUCCAUAUCUAUCCCUCUCCCCCCUCUAUCCCUCUCUCUCUCACUUUCUCUCUCCCCCCUCUCUCUCUCUCUUUCUCUUUCUGUUUCUCCAUAUCUAUCUGUCUCCACCCUCUCUCUCUCUCUCCCCCCUCUAUCCCUCUCUCUCUCAUUCUUCCUAUCUCAUCUUUCUCCUUCUCUCCCUCUCUUUCUGUUUCUCCCCCCCCCCUCCAGGAAGAUGAUGGCCUGCGGAUGAGGAAGAGCAAUGUGUUGUCCUCCUCCCAGCACUCCUCCCAGUCCAUGGUGAAGGAGGAGGGUCUUAGCCUGCGCACGGUGGCACUCAUCGUGCUCUUCUUCGUGGUCGGAGUCAUCAUCGGCAAGUUGGUCUUGUAA